UCAUGUUUAAAAUAAUAAAAAAAAAAAGUCAGGUGAGAUUUUAACCAGAAACUUGGUCUAGGACUAGAGUAAAAAAGUGAAGAGAGACACUCACUGUGAACUUGAAGCCAAUAUGCACCGGGAUGCUUGAAUUGUGAAACAUCCCUCACACCACCAAGACUUCAGUUGACUUCUGUGUUUAGUGGUUGAGUAUCAUAGUUUCACAAAGCUGUAUUUGACUUCUCACCCUUCCCCAGCUAUUUCUGGUUAGCUUUUCUGGCAGUAUGUCUUGCUUUUUCACUAGUUUUCCAAUGGAUACCUGUCUGUUUCUGAACUCAGUGUUAUAUGUGUAGGAACUGGAGUAAAAUAGAAGUCUUGUUGAUGAAGCCAAGUCUCCUGUUCAGCAAUGAUCCUGUUCUGGUAAUUAACACUAAAACUGGUGGUGGUGGUGGGGGGGAAUGUAAUUGCUUUAUUCACUUGACCUCCCCUUUUGAAAAGGGAAGAUACUGGUGACUUAAUGACCAACCUUUCUUAGUUUAAAAAAAUAGGUUACUCUGGGAUAGGGUGACCAGAUAGGAAAAAUUAGGACAGGGCGAUGGGUAAUAGUUGCCUAUAUAUAAGCCCCAGUAUUGGGACAUCAGUUCACUCUACUCUGGGACAUCGGAUUCAUUUUCCCUUUUGCAAAUAGCUUAAUACAGCAGUGUCUGAGGCCAGGCCCACAUCAGUCUGAUGCUUUCAAUAGCAACGUCAGCCUGAAGACAUUGCGGAGAGAGAGAGGCAAGAACCAUGGCCUCUCCCCCAAAAUAAAUGGGAAAGAGAAGCUGCCUCUGAGCUCUUUGAAAGAUUGUAGGGGCUGUUGUGGGCACUUCAGUUUAAAGGGCUGACACAAAGAGAGCAGGACCCUGCCCUCCUCUCUUCCAGCUCUUCACUCUGAAUCUGGAUUUACACACAGGCUAGAAUGGUAAAAGGCUGUCUGGGGUUCCCUUGCACUAGCCGGUCAAAGGGCUACCAGGGGUCUAGAGAAAACCCUGUAGUUGCUACAAUCUCAGCAGCGUGAGUGUGACAAAGCAGAUCAUUUCCUUCCCUCAGCUGUCCAUUUAUUUUAAUGAGGAUAAAAAAGACCCAUAGUGUUUGCCCCCCAGCUGAAGAGAGCUGGGAGCAGUUGCUAUUUACACACACAUCUAAGCAGCCUUCUGUUGUUGGGAGCAGCAGCUGGCUGUCUGCAGGCAGGUGCGGCUGUGGUACCUAAUAUACCUACUCUGGAAAAGGGGAAAUUGGGUAUAAGCCCUAAAUUAAUUGUUAAAGAAGUGAAAUUGACCAUGAUGAGUCAUUUAGCAAUUUACUAAACCCCAUUCUUUACAAAGCAUUUUACUCCUGUAUAGCUACUCAUUCACCAGAGCUAGGGGUGAGAGUGCUGGAUUAUGGUCCAUUUAUGCAUCACAUGCAGAAUUUUUAACUAAAUUCCUUCUGCCCCCAUAUCCUCUCAAAGAGAAGGAAGAAUGUAGGCCUGAAAUUUUUUUAUUAUGGGUUAUGAUACAUAAGCAAAACUAAAUAGUUGGUCUUUCAGAUUCCUGGCUAAAUUUGCAGGACUAGCAGCUAAAACAUCUUUUCUUGUAAACUCACUCAGAAAACAGAGCUGGGAUUAGCUGAGACAAAGCAUAGAACCCCACAAUGCCAGUUUUUACAAAAUUACUUUUCAGCAUAACAGUUUAAGGAAUGUUUGCUAAAAGUGCGUUAUCCAAAGGCUGCAGUGGAGAGAAUGCAAUACCCUGGACCAGUUCUGAAGGAUUCUAUUUGAAUUUCCAGACCAAAAAAAUUUAAGAGGUUGCUAAAGUUGAGAGUUGAUAUUAAUAAAGUAAGGGUAUAAACAUAACAGAGAUGUUGGAAUGAUUGCCAAAGCCAAGUGGUACAAAUGCAAGAAGUUCAGAGUUAAGGUUAAACCUAAAUUCCAAUGUGUUAUGCUGAGAAAAUAUACCAUUUAGGCACUCAAACAGCCCUCGCUCUGCCCAUAGUGAGGCUGUGCAAUAACAACACAUUUAGGAUUAAUGCACGUUAGCGUUUGCAGCCCCAGAAUAGAUUAAAAGUGAUAUUUAGAGCAUUUUCAUGGUUUUCUAUAUGUAGUGUCACUACAAGUCAGUGUUCAUAGUCUAGGAAAGGCUAGAGGCAGACUGAUCAGAAGGGACAUUUGGUGGAUGAGGGCAAGGGUGUGGGUUAGGGCUGAAGACGAGGAGGGAAGGGAGUUCUGAAAGUGGGUCAGGGUGGCUGAGAAGGGAUCUAGGGGAGUUCAGUGGCAUUAAUGAGAGUGGUUGGCCAGAGAUAUAGCUAGGAUUGGGGCAGGGAAAAAGCUGUGUGCGGAGAUGGCCGGUGAGAGAGAGGGGAGACGCUGGGCUGUACACCAGUCUGGGAUGGGGAGCUCAGCUGUACUGCACAGUGAGGCAAAGGGGACCCUUAAGGUGCAGAGACAUUAGCAUUUAGGUACUAGUCUCAUUCAUUCCCCUCUGCAGAACAGCAGUCUCUGAGAUAGCUUUAGUAGAGGGGAAGAAACACAAACUAGCUUUUAACACAUUUCCACAGCUUCAGCAGUUUUGUAAUGGCAGCUAACACCUUGAGCCAUAAUGCUGUAUUUGUACAGGGGGAAAUGCGUACUUUGGUAAAUGGCUAUUUUAUGAUACAUGUGUCUAUGAUCAGAAUAACCCAUGAAUUAGCACAGCUUGCUUCAGUUAGAGGUUUGUUUAGAUCUGAGCUGGCUGUUUAAAUGUAAUUGGAAGAAGGUGAGGGAAAUGACUUUGUGCCCAUUUGCUGGUUCCUUGUAGUGCAGAAAGGAGAGCUGAGCCUUAUUCUAAGGACAAACAUUGCAAUGCUUUUGUUACGUUAGGGGGGAAAACCUCCAAGACACGCACAGAAAGAAAUCCCCAAACAUAUAGGGCAACUGUGUGGCUCAUAAAAAAGAAAAGGAUUUCUUGACAGUUUCUGUUCCUUUUAACCCGUCAGAGUAACAUGCUUGACAGCAACAACUGUAGCAAUCCAUUUUCUAUUUGCUCAAUGGCAAUUCUUAAGUGUAGUACAAUACAAGACAAUUAUGGAAAGAUCGAAGAGGGUGAAUCUUCAGAUUUUGCUUUGAACUGGGACUCAUCAGUGACUCAAUCAGGAGGCCUAGGAGGAGAGCUGGAGAAUGAGGUGAAGGACAGCCGGGCCUUGGAAGAGAGGAACAGCGUGACGAGUCAGGAAGAGAGAAAUGAGGAAGAUGAAGACAUGGAGGAUGAGUCAAUUUACACCUGCGAUAACUGUCAGCAGGACUUCGAUUCGCUGGCAGACCUGACUGAACAUAGGGCACACCACUGUCCUGGAGGUUGUCUGUUUCAAACAGCAGCAGAGCUAUAUAUGGAAAUUGCCAGCUUGGAAGCGGCUGAUUUUUCUAAACUACUGUACGAUGGUGAUGACGACCCACAACUCUCCUGGGUGGCUUCAUCUCCCUCCAGCAAAGAUGUUGCAUCACCCACUCAGAUGAUAGGAGAUGGGUGUGAUCUCGGCAUCGGGGAGGAGGAAGGGGGGACUGGCCUGCCAUAUCCCUGUCAGUUUUGUGAUAAGUCCUUCAUUCGCCUGAGCUACCUUAAAAGGCACGAGCAGAUCCACAGUGACAAACUACCUUUCAAAUGUACCUACUGUAGCCGGCUUUUUAAGCAUAAGAGAAGUAGGGAUCGCCAUAUAAAGCUUCACACGGGGGAUAAAAAGUACCAUUGCCAUGAAUGUGAGGCAGCAUUCUCUCGCAGCGACCACCUCAAAAUUCACCUGAAAACCCACAGUUCGAGCAAGCCAUUCAAGUGUACUGUCUGUAAGCGUGGGUUUUCCUCCACCAGCUCAUUGCAGAGUCACAUGCAGGCUCAUAAAAAGAACAAGGAACAUAUGGCAAAGACUGAGAAAGAGGUGAAGAAGGAUGAUUUUAUGUGUGAUUACUGUGAAGAGACAUUCAGUCAGACAGAAGAUUUGGAGAAGCACGUAAUGACACGCCACCCACAGCUUUCCGAGAAGGCAGAUUUGCAGUGUAUUCAUUGUCCUGAAGUAUUUGCAGAUGAAAACUCACUGCUUUCCCACAUUCAUCAAGCCCAUGCCAACAAAAAACACAAGUGCCCUAUGUGCCCCGAGCAGUUUUCUUCAGUAGAGGAAGUCUAUUGCCACUUGGAUAGCCACAGACAACCUGAUUCCAGCAAUCAUAGUGUCAGCCCUGACCCAGUCUUGGGGAGUGUGGCAUCAAUGAGCAGUGCAACACCUGAUUCAAGCGCAUCAGUGGAACGAGGCUCCACUCCGGACUCUACUUUAAAACCAUUGAGAGGACAAAAGAAGAUCAGAUCAGCGGAAAGAGAGGAAGGCCAGAAUUGGUCUAAAGUCACCUACAGCUGCCCUUACUGCUCCAAGCGUGACUUCAACAGCCUUGCUGUCCUGGAGAUCCAUUUGAAGACCAUUCAUGCAGACAAACCUCAACAAAGCCACACAUGCCAGAUCUGCCUUGAUUCCAUGCCUACGCUGUACAACUUGAACGAACAUGUCCGAAAGGUGCACAAAAACCAUGCAUAUCCCAUGAUGCAGUUUAACAACAUUUCUGCCUUCCACUGUAACUAUUGCCCUGAGAUGUUUGCAGAUAUCAAUAGCCUACAGGAGCACAUCCGCAUCACUCACUGUGGACCAAGUGCUACCCCUCAAGAUGGGAACAAUGCCUUCUUCUGUAACCAGUGCUCCAUGGGCUUUCUGACGGAAGCAUCCUUGACUGAGCAUAUUCAGCAAACUCACUGCAACGUAGGAAACUCAAAAUUGGAUUCCCCUGUCGUUCAGCCAACACAGUCUUUUAUGGAAGUUUAUUCUUGCCCUUAUUGCACAAACUCCCCCAUUUUUGGCUCCAUCCUGAAGCUUACAAAGCACAUUAAAGAAAACCACAAGAACAUUCCUCUAGCACACAAUAAGAAGUCAAAAGCAGAGCAGAGUCCAGUUUCUUCUGAUGUUGAAGUCUCUUCCCCUAAAAGGCAGCG